GAUUUGAGGAGCGGCGAGAGAGGAGAGCUCUUCACUCAGCUGGCUGACAGGCUGGAGUUGUCCGAAAUAAUUAAUUGUAAGAACAACCCUGUCGUGUGAAUACGCGGACGGGAGCUUCUUCAAGAUACACAAAGUACCAGGACCGUGAAGAACAAGCCAGCCGACCGUUAACGGUGUCUUUUCAGCGAGGUGGCGGUGGAACAUCCCCAAGAACUGGAAGCAGAACCUCUAAAGAACCCAAAGGAGUAAGACUGGGGCUCAGACUGAAGAAGCUGUCGGAACAUUUUUAGCAGAACGUUGCCUCCAACAUAAAUCUAGCGAAACACUGCUAUUGCUUUCAGGUAUCUGAAUCCUGCAUGUAGUGGCCCCACCAUACAUGCAAAUGGCUUGUUGUCUGAAGGACGAGCUCCUGUGUUCCAUCUGCCUGAGUAUUUACCAAGACCCGGUGAGUUUCGGUUGCGAGCACUACUUCUGCCGAAAGUGCAUCACAGAGCAUUGGAACAGACAGGAGCACCACGGGACACGAGACUGUCCUGAGUGCAGGAGGACCUUCACAGACCCACUUCUCUCGCCAAGCCUCAAGCUCUCCAACAUCGUGGAGAGGUACUCAGCUUUCCCGCUGGACGCCAUCCUCAAUGCCCAGAGGAGCUCCUACCCGUGCAAGGACCACGAGAAGGUCAAGCUCUUCUGCCUCAGCGACAAGAGCCUGGUUUGCUUCUUCUGCGACGAGCCUGCCUUACACGAGCAGCACCAGGUGACCACCAUCGAUGAAGCCUAUGAGGAAAUACAGAGGGAGAUGAAAGAGCAGCUGGCCGCUCUGCAGGACAGUGAGAGGGGUCAUACGGAGGCUCUGCAGCUGCUGCAGAGGCAGCUCACUGAAACAAAGUCUUCAGCAAAGAGCUUGCGAGCCACUAUAGGCGAUGCGUUUGAGCGGCUGCACCGCUUCCUGCGUGAAAGGCAGAAGAGCAUGCUGGAGGAGCUGGAGGCGGACACAGCUCGCACACUGUCUGACAUCGAGCACAAGAUCCAGCGCUACAGCCAGCAGCUCCGCGACGUCAAAGAGGGCAUCCAGAUACUGCAGGAUAAACUCAGCGAGACCGGCCGUCACGAGUUCCUGGAGGGAGUGGCGUUCACGUCCGAGAGAAUAAAAGGCAAAAUACACGAAACCAACCUUACUUAUGAAGAUUUCCCAACAUCCAAAUACAUGGGACCAUUACAGUACACAAUAUGGAAGUCUCUGUUCCAGGAUAUCUCACCAGUGCCUGCUGCCUUGACGCUGGACCCCCUGACCGCCCACCAGAGGCUUAUACUGUCCGAUGACUGCACCAUAGUGGCGUAUGGGAACCUGCAUCCACAGCCACUCCAGGACUCGCCCCGUCGAUUCGACGUGGAAGUGUCUGUGUUGGGAGCCGAAGGUUUCUGCUCGGGUGUCCACUACUGGGAGGUGAUGGUCUCUGAGAAGACUCAGUGGAUGAUCGGCGUGGCCAACGAGACAGUCAACCGCAAGGGCAGCAUCCAGAUCCAGCCCAGCCGCGGCUUCUACUGCAUCGUCAUGCACGAUGGGAACCAGUACAGCGCCUGCACCGAGCCUUGGACACGCCUCAACGUCAAAAGCAAGCUGGAGAAAGUGGGCGUCUGUCUGGACUACCCCAAAGGCCUGCUGGUCUUCUACAAUGCUGACGAUAUGUCCUGGCUCUACACCUACCGAGAGAAGUUCCCUGGCAAGCUUUUCCCUUACUUCAGCCCUGGCCAGAGCCACGCCAACGGAAAGAACGUGCAGCCCUUGCGGAUCAAUACCGUGCGUCUAUAGGAAUCCUACUGAGCCAGCCAGCUGAACCAGGCUGAGGAUCUGAUUCAAGCUUCUAAAGAACAAUAGAUUUUUUUUCCUUUCUUUUCUUUCUCUCUUUUUGAAGAAAAGGCAAAAAAGCCCAGGGUGUAUAAAGUUAAUUUCUUUCAGUUUGCUUUAAGGCACUUGCAGUUGUGGAUGGUUGUGGUGAUGGAUGAAACGGUCAGCCUCCCAGACGUGCUUGUUGGCACCAAGGCCUCUUGAACCACUGUAGCGAGGACUUACGUAGGAAAUAUUAAUGGAAAUUCUUGCACACUUCUGAGGAGGGGACCUCUGUGG